AUGGGUAACACCGGUCCCCAGAAUAGCCUGCCCUCCUUUCAGGGGGGGUUGAAAGAGGGCCAGGGGUGGACAGGGUCCGCCUGCUCGUCGGUCUGCCCUAAUGCCUGCGCGUCCGUCUGUCCUAAUCCCUGUCUUAAUGCCUGCGCAUCCGUCUGUCCUAAUCCCUGUCUUAAUGCCUGCCCGUCCAUCUGUCCUAAUUCCUGCGCGUCCGCCCGUCCUAACGCCUGCGCGUCCGCCCGUCCUAACGCCUGCGCGUCCGCCCGUCCUAACGCCUGCGCGUCCGCCCGUCCUAACGCCUGCGCGUCCGCCCGUCCUAACGCCUGCGCGUCCGCCCGUCCUAACGCCUGCGCGUCCGCCCGUCCUAACGCCUGCGCGUCCGCCCGUCCUAACGCCUGCGCGUCCGCCCGUCCUAACGCCUGCGCGUCCGCCCGUCCUAACGCCUGCGCGUCCGCCCGUCCUAACGCCUGCGCGUCCGCCCGUCCUAACGCCUGCGCGUCCGCCCGUCCUAACGCCUGCGCGUCCGCCCGUCCUAACGCCUGCGCGUCCGCCCGUCCUAACGCCUGCGCGUCCGCCCGUCCUAACGCCUGCGCGUCCGCCCGUCCUAACGCCUGCGCGUCCGCCCGUCCUAACGCCUGCGGGUUUGCCUGUCCUAAUGCCUGCGCGUCCGUCCGUCCUAACGCCUGCGUGUCCGUCCGUCCUAAUGCCUGCGUGUCCGCCCGUCCUAACGACUGCGUGUUUGCCUGUCCUAAUACCUACAUGUUUGCAUGCCAGCCUGUCCUAAUGCCUGCACGCCUGUCCUAA